AUGCCUCUCUUCAGGGUCGUUGGUGGCCUUGACGCGAGGCCAGGCAGUUGGCCGUGGAUGAUAUCCCUGAAGCAAAACAAGCUUGGACAGAUUUGGUGUGGGGCCAGCCUGAUUGACAGACACUGGGCGGUCACAGCUGCUCAUUGUUUUACAGGGCCGUUCUCCGACCCCGAGGAGUGGACGGUCCAGCUAGGGCGGUACAACACUACCCCCAAAACUGAGGAGAUGACGGGGGUAGAGAGGCGGAUCGGGAGACUUUACAAGCACCCAAGAUUCGGAGAAGAGUCCCUCAACAACGACAUCGCCCUUAUAAAACUGGACGCAGCUGUGGACUUCAAUGACGUCAUCAGUCCUCUUUGUCUGCCAGAUGCCAACGUGGAUGCCGACGUUGAGAUCAAGUCUGGGACGGAGUGCCUUGUCACAGGAUGGGGAGUCACAAGCAAAGAAGGACCACCCGGUGAGAACGUGCCCCACGUACUGCAGCAAGGUCUGGUACCACUCAUCUCUGCACGAGACUGCCGAAAUUUCCCCGGGUUCGCUCGUUCCGUCACUCGUGAUAUGAUGUGUGCAGGCUACACUGAAGGAGGUGUUGACACGUGCUUUGGUGACAGCGGCGGCCCCCUUCAGUGCCAGGUGGGAUAUAACUGGUACCUAGCAGAUGACAAUGCAGUUCUACGAAAUGGUGUCCCACAAUGCAUCGAUGUCAACAUGAAAUCAGAGGUUCCAGAGGAUCUCGCAUAUACAGACAUCAAUGAAGCAAAAAUAUUGUUAAUCGCCAUAUCACUAUGGAAGGAAAUAAGCACUUGCUACCAUGUGAACGUGAGUCGUAGAUCACGUGGAUUUUCACACACAGGAACGAUGUGGAGCGCCCCGUUCCUCAUUACCUUGGUAACAUUAGUGACAACGUCGGCGGAAUCCAACGUCACUUGCGGUGUUCCGAAGGUGGUUCCUGCAACGUCGCGUGUCGUGAACGGUCAGGAAGCCAGGCAUGGGGCAUGGCCAUGGAUGGUCCUACUCCAGGAAAUGACCGUGCCUGUAUGUGGCGGCGCCAUUUUGAACAACCGUCUCAUACUGACGGCAGCGCACUGUUUUGACGAAGCCAGAAGCCGAAACGUUGCGCGAUGGAGGGCGACAGGUGGCAAGCACAACGCUGACAGGUAUGAUGUCACGCAACGCACGUACCACUUGAAAAAGCUCGUGAUUCACGAAAAUUACGACAGCCACACCGUCCUAAACGACAUAGCCCUUCUCCUGCUUCAUGAGACGAUCGACUACACCGACUACAUCCGGCCUGUGUGCCUACCAUCUUCCUCCGAGCGUCUCUACGUUGGCCAGCACUGCUACUUAGCGGGAUGGGGAGACACUCUAGGGACCGGCAACGACAACGUCCUGAACCAAGCGCUUCUCCCCGUGAUCAGCGACAACGUGUGCAGCAGGCCUGAUUGGUACGGUUCCGAGUUCACGCCCGGUACAAUGCUGUGUGCCGGCUACUCGGUGGGGAAGAAGGAUGCAUGCAGUGGAGACAGUGGUUCGCCUCUGGUCUGCAAACACGGGGACAUAUGGUACGCUCAGGGUAUAGCAAGCUGGGGUUACGGCUGCGCAGAACCCAAGUGGCCGGGGCUCUACACGGAGGUGUCCAAGUAUGUACACUGGAUACAAGCCAAGGCUACAGAACUGGGCUACCCAAUACAAUUAAAAAUAUUGUUAAUCGCCGUAUCACUAUGGAAGGAAAUAAGCCCUUGCUACCAUGUGAACGUGAGUCGUAGAUCACGUGGAUUUUCACACACAGGAACGAUGUGGCGCGCCCCGUUCCUCAUUACCUUGGUAACAUUAGUGACAACGUCGGCGGAAUCCAACGUCACUUGCGGUGUUCCGAAGGUGGUUCCUGCAACGUCGCGUGUCGUGAAUGGUCAGGAAGCCAGGCAUGGGGCAUGGCCAUGGAUGGUCCUACUCCAGGAAAUGACAGUACCUGUAUGUGGCGGCGCCAUUUUGAACAACCGUCUAAUACUGACGGCAGCGCACUGCUUUGACGAAGCCAUAAGUAAAAACGUUGCGCGGUGGCAGGUAGUUGGUGGCAAGCACAACGCUGACCGGUAUGACGUCACGCAACGCACUUACCACUUGAAAGAGCUCGUGAUUCACGAAAAUUACGACAGCCACACCGUCCUAAACGACAUAGCUCUUCUCGUGCUUCAUGAGACGAUCGACUACACCGACUACAUCCGGCCUGUGUGCCUGCCAUCUUCCUCCGAGCGUCUCUACGUUGGCCAGCACUGCUACUUAGCGGGAUGGGGAGACACACUAGGGACCGGCAACGACAACGUCCUGAACCAGGUGCUACUUCCCCUGAUCAGCGACAACGUGUGCAGCAGGCCUGACUGGUACGGUUCCGAGUUCACGCCCAGUACAAUGCUGUGUGCCGGUUACGCGGCGGGAGGGAGGGAUGCAUGCAGUGGAGACAGUGGUUCACCUCUGGUCUGCAAGCACGGGGAUGCAUGGUACGCCGAGGGUAUAGCCAGCUGGGGCUGGGGCUGCGCAGAACAAAACUUGCCGGGGCUCUACACGGAGGUGUCCAAGUAUGUACACUGGAUACAAGCCAAGGCUACGGAGCUGGGCUACCCAAUAAAAUUAUAAGUCAAAAA